AUGUUUCUCAAAUGCCUCAUUUUGAUGGGUGGAGCUGCUGUUGCAGUCGCGAAAGUUCAAUUUAUAGGAAUGAACAUCGCCGGCUUUGAGUUCGGCUGCCAAAUCAAUGGAUCUUGCCCAAUAUCUUCCGCCACCCCUCCACUAAGUUCGUUGGGUACCGCAGAUGGAGCUGGCCAAAUGCAGCACUUUGUCGAGGACGAUCAGAUGAAUAUAUUUAGACUACCUGUCUCCUGGCAAUACCUCGUCAAUAAUAAACUCGGCGACGCACUUGACAGUACGAACUUCGGCAAAUACGACCAGCUGAUGCAAGCAUGUCUUGCUACGGAUGCAUACUGUGCCAUAGACAUACACAACUUUGCACGCUUCAAUGGAAAAAUAAUCGGCCAAAGCUCAGGCGGUCCUACAGAUACUCAAUUCGCCGAUCUGUGGGCACAGCUGGCCGCUAAAUACAGGAGCAAUGGUAAGGUCAUUUUCGGACUCAUGAACGAACCUCAUGAUGUCGAUAUCACGGCCUGGGCCAACACAGUCCAAACCGCGGUGACGGCGAUCAGGAAUGCCGGAGCAUCAACCCAGAUGAUCUUGUUACCAGGCAACAACUUUACGAGUGCGGGCACUUUCGUCGGUAAUGGGUCGGGUACGGCGCUAGUAAAAGUCAAAAACCCGGACGGUACUACUACUGGACUGGUACUUGAUGUCCAUAAGUACCUCGAUGUCGAUAAUUCUGGAAACCAUGCAGAAUGUACAACGGAUAAUAUUGCGGACGCAUUCGCAAUUGUCGCUCAGUUCUUAAGGGAGAAUGGCCGGCAAGCUAUCGUUAGUGAAACCGGUGCCGGAAGCACUUCAUCAUGCUACACCGAUUUUUGCGCCCAAAACACGUUCUUAAACCAGAAUUCGGAUGUCUUUCUAGGAUACAUUGCUUGGGCUGCUGGUAGCUUUGCAACAUCUUACACUCUGAGUCUGACUCCCUCGAAACAGAACGGCAAGCUUGUUGAUAAUGCUCUAGCAUCUCAAUGUGUUAUCUUACCUUGGCUCAAUGCCGCCACUGCAGCUAUAACCUCAGCCGCUUCUUUUAGUACUAGUACACCGGUGACCACAGGCGUACCUGGGGAUAACCGUUCCACAACGUCGUAUACGAAAUCUGCCUCUGCUACAAUGAACACCGGGGCGGAUAUGAAUCGAUUGUCAGCCACAACGGCAGCAACAGCUAUUGCCACUGCCAAGUUCUCGACUGCCGGAUCAAGAACCUCCUCAGCCGUCUUCUCUGGCUCUCCAGUGACGACAGCGCAGCAGGUACAGCCUACAAAUGCCGCGAAUAAAGCUAAAAUUCAUGGGGGGCUAAUUGCCAGUGCCGCGGCGGCUUUUGCUGCUGCAUUUUUGUACCAGAAUAACCGAGUUUUUGAAAUAGCUCGAACUAUAGAUUGGUAUUCUAAAUAUGGAAAUUUCAUAUCAGUGUGGUAA